GCCUUUAUCGCAUUAUAUCCCGAGUUUCGGCCUCCUUAAUUCUUUUUAGAAAGAAUAGCCAUAUUUAAUUAACAUUUAUGCUAGAUGAGCUGUAGAAAGAAUAGUAAACAUAAAUAAAAAUGGAAUAUAAACGCCAACCCGAACGAAACGCGACACAGGUCAAGCCACGUCUAAUUAUUCACGGCGGCGCUGGCAAUAUUACACCCGAGAAUUUAGGCCCGGGGAAAUAUAAACAAUAUAGACAGGCGCUUCUCACCAUCGUGUCCAAGGCGGAUGCUUAUAUACGCACUCCCGUGCCGUCGAGCGGAAAUAACUCUUCUGAACUUGAAUUUCCUUCCGCUCUCGAUAUCGUCGCAUACGCCGUGACGCUCCUGGAGAAUAAUCCGCUAUUCAACUCAGGCCACGGCGCCGUAUUCACGCGCGAUGGCAUCAACGAAUUGGAAGCCUCCGUCAUGGUAUCACGGGGUCAUGCCAAACGUGGCGUCGGGGUGACCGGCCUGCGUAGGGUGAAGAACCCGAUAUUGCUAGCGAAGGCAAUGCUGGAGCACGGAGACAAAGACCUGAGUAGAAAGAACCAGUCGGGAUUGGCCCAACCGGACCUAUUAACAGAAUCCGGUGGUCUAGAGACGGCUGAUCUUGAUGUGCCGUCGGCGCAAGCCCACACGCUUAUCCACGGGGAGACGGCCGAAACAUUGGCCAAGAUGUACGGGCUUGAACUAGUCGACCCCAAAUACUUCUUCACCCAGCACCGCUGGGAUGAGCACGUACGAGCGCUGGAAAAGGAAAAAGCGGGAAAGGGCCUGGCGACUUGGAGCGCUGAGGAAUAUCUACCCCAAGGCACGUGCGGCGCGGUCGCUUUAGAUACGAAUGGAGUCUUAUGUGUGGCUACUAGUACGGGAGGUUUGACGAACAAACUUACUGGGCGCAUCGGUGAUACACCUGUCGUCGGCGCUGGCUUCUGGGCGGAAGAAUGGGUCGAGACGGGCGAACCAGGUGCGGCGAACGCUUCGAGAAGUAUUAAAAGAUAUUUGCCUGGCUUGCCAGGUCCAGUUGUAGAUCUGUCGGCGAACCUACGAAACCUAGUCGCCGACUGUCUACCAACUCCCUUCGUAUAUUCUCCCGUUGCCCAAAUGACUCCCAGUGGCGGUGACGAUCACUUACAAACGACACGCUCCAUCGCUUUAUCGGGUACUGGAAAUGGCGACUCCUUUCUACGAGUAGCCGCUGCCAGAACGGUCGGCUCAAUCGCGCGAUGGGCGAAGGUACCAGCAACUAAUGCUGUGUAUCGCGUUGCUGGAACAGGUGGGGAGCUACAGAAGAGCGCUGGUGACCGUUGGGGCCAAACAGGAGAAGGAGAGGGUGGUAUGAUCGGUAUAGAGAGCAUAGUGUCGCGCGAUGAAUCGGGUCGUGUGGUUAGUACCUCUGCCAAUAUACUGCAGGAUCAUAAUUGCGGAGGGAUGUUUCGAGCGUGGAUUGACGAUGACGGGAAAGCGGCAAUGAGGAUUUUUCACCCCGACAGAGCAGACGAGCUCCCAAACUCAAUGGCUAUGAUCGGGGAGGGCGAAACCGAGGACGUUUGGCGCUGGACUGUUGAUAAAGCAUAGGGUAUAGAAUCACUAGACUAAACUAGACUGAUUAGCUAUAGAUCCCAAGGCGAGACUUCGACACAGAUAAUCUAAAAGUAACUGUGUUCGUUAAUAUUAGGUAGUGUAUUUGGAUGUGGGUGUCCGCUGAGCAGGGACACGGCUUAUGGAGGACUAUCGACAGCCAAUCCUGCCUCAACACAGCGGCAAUAUCCUCUUAUUUUACAUGUCAUUCAUCGCCCGACCAUCCGUGUUGGUUAUGCAAAGACCGCCUAGACCUGAGAUAUAAAUACACGAAACCGAUUCGAUAAUAGAUCGGAAAGGAGCAGAGUGGGAAUAUUUUUUUUUUCGUCGCAUUCGUUUUCAAGGAUUCUAUGCGAAAGCCUUCUCCGCGUCGGGCGGUGGCGGAGGCGC